AUCACCUGAAACCCUAAUUAUUGGCCUCACAGCUCGUAAAUCCUUCAAUUGAAAUUAACACAUACUUAUUGGCCAAGUAUCCGAUGCUUCGCGUAGCCAUUUCCCAUGAUGAAGAUUGGAUGAAUAUCAUGGGCGAAUACGACGAUAAUCAGGAUGUCACCGACAACGAACUAUGGUGCAGAAUUAGGGAUCACCCCCAAAUACAGUCAUUGCUGGAGUUUAGGAAAGUGUUUGCCAGUGACGAUGUAGAUGGCGGGCACCACAGGGAAGUCGAAUUUCUUUCCAGCUCCUUGCCUGUUGAGCGUUCACCGUCGAAUACACCCUCUCGCGAACACUUGCUGCAAGUGCAGGCGCGCAUUUCCCAGGACCACACAAGUAUUUUUGUCAAUGGAAUAUCAUCUGUGUUUGCAUUAUCACACAUGUCACCACCUGCAGCAUAUAACAGCCCACUGCCUUCAACAUCACCUCGUGCAGGCAAUUCUGUCUCGCCUGUGCCCUCGCCGCCGCCUCUCCCAUACGACUCCCCUAGCUCUCAGCUCGGGAAAGUGACAUACACUCACAGGGAGCAGGCUCGUUUUUUCCGGGAGGCGGUGACUAUUGGGCGGUCUCCUGCUGGAUACCCAUUUGUUCCACAAAUCAUGUACAAACCUCAUACCAGCAGCGACCGCCAUCGAUAUGUGGAGGAGGUUAAUCUGGAUCCGCCAAUAUAUUUUUGGGUUCAGGAUCCGUCAGAAUGCGGUUUGGCAUUGCCUGACGCCUUGCAUUCACGGGUCAGGCGCCUAAUUGAUCGUGACGAACCAAUGUUCAAGGACCGAGGACCAAGCAUUUCUGUGAGAAUCGAAUGGCCUGGGUACCUUCCGUGGAGUCGACAGAUCCCAGCAAGAGAUUUUAGAACACCGCCGUGUCCUAUCACCCGCUCUAAAUUGGCUAAGAAUGUAGCAAAAUGUGUGCAGCGAUUUAUUCAGGAACGACAAGCCGUACCAAUGGAAGACGACUCAAUCCCUGACUGGCGAGUUGGUACACAACCGAAUACAAUACGAGUCGAGGAUCUUGUUCUUGUUAGCUUGCAUCAUGUGUCCAUGGGAUCUUGGCAGCCUCAUCUUAGACUUCGUCGGCCACUGCUGCAGCCGCAAUGGUCCAUCUAACUAUAUUGCUUCGGUUCAAUAUAUAUUACUCGGCUCCACACUGAAUCAGUCUUCCACUGUCAAUCUACUAUUCAAAACACAGAUUCAUAUUCAACAUGUUACACAUACGGUACCAAGUCUGAUGGCAGGUCCUAUUCAAGAUUUGCGAAGCCCUCAAGAGUCGAAAACUAUUCAUCGUACGGUUGUAACUAU